AUGAGACCCCUUCUUUCACUUCUGCCUCUUUUGAGCUCUGCGAUCACCGGCGGAGUUGCCUACGAUGCAAGGGCUUACACAUUCGAUGCACGGCAACCGUCUGUGCCGCCGGUCAACCGAGCAGUUACUCCGGAGACAGCGAGGCUAAUAUUAGCCAACCGAUUAGGGCUAUCAGAAGGUGCAAUGCUAGGUCAAGCCGACGAGACUCUUAUCCGGGAUCUGAAUACAUUUGGAGGGACACAAGCGCCCAUUAUGGGUUCUACAUCAGUUGGUGACUGUUCAGCGAAGAUGCUACUUGUUUGGGAGGGUGUUGAUGUUCCUGAUCUCGCAUCUGCUUCAAAAUAUUCAACCGAUUCCUUCACCAUCCCUUCUGCCCCUGCUGGGCUAGUCAGUGAAUCGUUUGCUGAAAAUUUGCUCACCUACUCCUCUGCUGAGCGGUCUACACCAAAGCUAUGUUCAUACGAUUUUGCGGUAGAUGGUGGAUUCCGGGGAACGUUAAUUCUGUGCCCUUCAACGAAAGACAUCUUCUCCACAAGUUCGGAAUUGAGCGAAACUGCAUUCCGCCAGUUUAUUGCCCAAGGCGCGAAAGGCUGGGGAGGUGGAUGUAUAACCGCUAUUAUGAGGAUCUUCUCCGAGUCAAACACACUCGCAGUACGAAAAACUGUCUUUGCCACCCUUGCAGAUUUUAGUAUCCUAGCAAAGGAAUCCAACCAGGAAUCUAUUAUGAUAUUUACUUCUCCUUCGCCAUCAUACCACAUGCUUCAACGCCGACCUGGAGAAACUGAGAUUAUGUCGCCGAAACCCAUACAGCGACGAUCCGUAAAGAACCCCGAGUCUGGCCACAAAUUUCCUUCAACCAUGAUGCCUGUUUGUUACAACAGCAACAAAACCUGUACAGAAGUGACAAAACAAUGCUCCGGCCACGGGACGUGUUACCGAAAAUUCGCUUCUAAAGAGAACUCCAGGGGCGACUGCUAUGCCUGUAAAUGCAGCAGGACUGUUGUGCGAACGAACAAAGAUGGCACUGUUAAGACAAUCCAGUGGGGUGGGCCGGCAUGCCAGAAGCAGGACGUCAGCACGCCUUUCUUUCUUAUUGUUUCCUUUUCGAUCCUACUCGCUUUUGCUGUUACUGGAGGCAUCCGGAUGCUCUUUAGUGUUGGGAUGGAAGAUUUGCCUGGCGUCCUCGGUGCCGGGGUUGCUGUACCAAAAUCUCAAAAAUGA